AUGAAGCCUCAUGCUGUAGUAAUCCCAUACCCUGCACAAGGCCACAUAGCUCCAGUGCUAAAAUUGGCCAAACUUCUUCACUACAAGGGAUUCUUCAUCACCUUCGUCAACACAGAGUUCAAUCACAACCGCCUUGUUCGUGCCCGCGGCCAUGACGCUGUUAAGGGCCUCGAAGAUUUCCAGUUCAAAACCAUCCCAGAUGGCCUGCCAGCUUCCGACAAUGAUGCUACACAGGAUAUCCCUUUACUUUCUGAGUCGAUGUCGAAAAAUUGUUUGGCCCCUUUUUUGGAACUCAUAAAGGAGCUUAAUGAAUCAUUGGAUUGUCCAAAUGUUAGUUGCAUAGUUUCUGAUGGGGUCAUGAGUUUUACUUUGGAUGCUGCUGACCAGCUCAAUAUUCCUGAAGUGCUGUUUUACACGACAAGUGCUUGUGGCUUCAUGGGGUACCUUCACUAUGGUGAACUUGUUGCCAGAGGAUAUGUCCCUCUUAAAGAUGAAAGUUGCUUGACAAAUGGAUAUUUAGAGACUCAGAUUGAUUGGAUUCCAGGGAUGAAAGGCAUUCGACUGAAGGACAUUCCAACAUUUAUUCGAACCACUGAUCCUAAAGAUAUAAUGCUGAAUUACAACAUUGUUCAGCACGAAAACGCGUCAAGGGCUAAGGCCAUCGUUUUCAACACAUAUGAUGAAUUGGAAGACGAAGUUCUCGAGGCAAUUCGAGCCAAAUACGAUCAUGUUUACACCAUAGGUCCAAUCCAGUUGCUCGAAAAAGAAAUUUACGAGCGAAAACUCAAAUCCAUUGGAUCAAACCUUUGGAAAGAAGACAUGGAAUGUUUAACUUGGCUUGAUCAGAGGGAAAACAAUUCUGUUCUUUACAUUAAUUUUGGUAGCAUCACGCCAUUGUCUCCCGAUCAAACGGUGGAAUUUGCUUGGGGACUUGCUAAGAGCAAUCACCAUUUCUUGUGGAUCAUUAGGCCUGAUUUGAUGAAUGGGAAAGGAUCAAUUUUACCAGAAGGGUUCUUGGAGGAGACUAAAGGGAGAGGUUUAAUGGUGGGGUGGUGUCCACAGGAACAAGUUCUAGCACACCCUGCAAUUGGUGGAUUUUUGACACAUUGUGGUUGGAAUUCAACCAUUGAGACUAUAUCAGAAGGGGUGCCAAUGGUUUGCUGGCCAUUCUUCGCCGAACAACAAACGAAUUGUCGAUACGCAUGUACGAAAUGGGACAUUGGAGUGGAGAUUGAAGGGGAUGUUAGCAGAGGGAAAGUGGAGAAAAUGGUUAAGGUUAUUAUGGAGGGGGAAAGAGGGAUAGAAAUGAGGAGGAAGGCAUUGGAAUUGAAAGAGAAGGCUCACUUGGCAGCUAAACCUGGAGGCUCUUCUUACAACAACUUGAAGAAAUUAAUCCAUGAUACUCUUCUCAACAACCACUAA